UCUUGACAUACAACACGCAAGUCGCUUAGCAACUGUAGUAUGCUUGAAUAACGUAUUAGAAAACGACUUUUAGCUGAUAGUUAAAAGUAGCUGUUAUAUUAUAUGUGCCACUUGAAGAUAUACAGAUUCUUUUCUUGUUUUUAAAACAACAUUACCUGGGCUGAUGUUUUUUAUAUAGUUUCUUGUUAAAUGCUCUUUGUGAAUGUCAUGUGAAUUUGUUACUGAUGAAUUCUGAAAUUGAUUCGUUAACUUUGGGAUUUGUUAAAUAUUUAGAAAAAUUACCUUGUAUCUGUAAUGUAACAGUAGUGGAAAAAGAGCCAGUUGAUAAAGUAACAAUAACUUCAUGGGAACAGAGGAAUGCCUGUAUUCUCCCCAUUGAUGUUAAGGCUUUUUAUUUGGCUACUGAUGGUAUGCAAAUCAGAUGGAGCAUGAAACUCAAAGAAGAAGCUGUGCCAGUGGGGAUGAUAGAAAUUAAUUCCAUGGGAAAAUUAAGACGUGUGACACCCAAAAUGGCUAGCAUGCAUUCUGGACUUCCAACACUGACUGAUAUUGAAAGUGACUCAGAAUCAAGUACCUCAUCUGAAAGAAACUUGCUUGGAGAACAGGCAACAAAACCCAAAUAUAGCAACAAGUGUAAAGUAUUUCUUCUAGACUCUUGUCAAGGAAAUGGUAAAGUUUGUUUGGUUUACCCAGUAAAGGAAGAUACUAUUGAACCCAUCUCUACAACUGUUCCAACUGUAUGGUUUUUGGAUAGGGCUCUAGAAUGGCAUUAUCUGGCUUCAACAAUGACAUCUUACCUUCGACUGUCUCUUGUUCAUUUAGGACUACCUCAAUGGCAGUAUACUCUCACACCAUGGGGUCUACCAACUAGGGCUAAGCAACUGAUGUCCAUAUUUGUGCCAGAACGUCUGACAAUUGAUAUUUUGGGAAGGUUUGAAUCUUCAAGUCAUUCAUCUUGUGCCAUCAAUGGAAAGUAUAGACCAUCCGGUGGGACAAGAUAUAAAAAAGUUUAGAAUUGAUAACUCUCAUUUUGUUCAAUAAAUUUUAAUUUCUAGGCUUUUCAGUAAAACAUUCUCUACCUUAAUCAAGCACUAUAUAGUGAAGAAUGUAGAAAAAAUAAUCAUUUAGAAGAAAUAUGACAAGGUUACUAAAGUUUUCACUCAUUAAUAUACAAGUGUUUUUAAAUGAAUUAAUAUUAUUUUAAUAGGUAACUCUGAUGCUCUAAUUACUCUGUUUAGUUUUGUUGUGAUAUUAUCACUUAUAUAUGGAGACACCCAAGUACCCUGAGCUUUAAAUGUGUCUAUUUUAUUUUUGCUUAUCAAAAUUUCUUGUUAUGUUUUUUAUAAAUUCCUGUGGAUAGGCAUUUUUUCUUAAAAGAGUCAUCGGGUUUUUUUUAGCCUCCUCCCACACUUCUUUGUUAUUACACACUUUAUCAAUCCUCUGCAGGUAGCCAAUAACGACUCCUCUUUUUACAGCAUGGGAAUAAUGAAAGUGGAAAUGCAAAAAACAAAGAGCUUUAGUAGAUGUCUUGCUGGAAUUACUAGUAAUGAUUUCCUCAUUCCUGACCUGAAAUGUAGUAUCUAGAAACAGUAAAUUUCUCUACUUGGUAUGGCAUAAGCAAGUGUAAAUUUUAUGAAUGGGUGAAAAAAAACUCAAAAACUCAUGGAAACUAAAUAGAGAUUCAUCAUGUAUGAAUCUGUACAAGAUUGAUAGGCCAAUAUUCCCACUUGUUUCCAAGAAUUAAGUGCUUUCAGUUCAAGUAUAUGCAUAAAUAUUACAACUAAGACUACUGCUAACCUAUUACCCAUAGCUAUUCCUCUGAUUUGUUUAUAAAAUUUCUCGUUAAAUCUUACAUAUCCAUUAUUUAACACAAACCUCAGAACUCGUUCUAACCAAUCUGCUGAAAUAUUUAAAAGUUCUAAGUCAUCUCUGUUUUCUCUAAUCAUAGUCAUAACACAAUCUAUCCCUUCUUCAACUGGGAUACUAGGAUAUAAUUGAAUAAUGUCUAUCGUAAACUCAAUUGAAUUAUCAUUAAAGAGAUGAGAGUCACUGUGUAACUGUUAAAGAAAAUGAUGUAAGCAGGAACUAAGUCCAAUAAUGGGUGCAGCAGUCUAUCUAAAACCCACGAUAUACUUUCUUUCGGAGAUCCGCAAGUAGAUGCUGUGGGUCUAAGGAGUAAACCAGACUUAUGAUCUUUAGGACUGCCGUAGAAUUCAGGGAUUCGACUAUUAUAUGGUUUUAGACUAGGGAUUCCCAAACUGUGGUACACGUACCACUGACAGUACGUGGAGCUAAUGUCGGUGGUUCGCGAAAACAUUAAUAUUAAAAUUUAUAAUGAACUCAAUUUGAGCUUCCUGAGUACAUAUAUACACUUCACUUGUAGACUCGCCCUUCGCAUGAAUAAGCUUGCCAGUGUGCACAUUAUUCCCUAAAAAUUAACAAAAAUCACACUAGAUACUUUCAGUUGUGGCAAAAAAAAAAUCAAUCACAUAUUUCCUAUUAUAGGUAAGUGUCAAAAAUAAACAUUUUUACUACUGAGUUUCCGAUUUGUUUUAAUUAGGCCAGGGUUUGUACUUCAAAAAAGUUUAAACAAAAAGGGUACACGAGCCUAAAAAGUAUAAGAACCACUGUUUUAGACUAUUCAUUGACUGGAGAGCUACAUGUGUCCCUUUCUUUAAUUCAUUUAAAAUAAUUCUACUUCUACUUUCAAGUGUUUUAGUAGGAUCUUUGUUUAAUUUUAAAUAGUUAUCUUUAUUUGAUAAAUGAGUAUAAAUCCUUUACUUUUAUCAGAUACCUUAACUAUAAUGUCAUUGUUACUUUUUAAUUCAUACAGAGCUUUCAUCUCUUGAAAAGAUAAAUUAGGUUCUAUUGUGUAAUUGUAAAAUAUCCCUAAGAUACUCGACACUUUUUAGAAAGUUCUGCCAUGGGGGUUUCUGUUAUAUUCUGUCUUAUCACUGCUGGUAUCUUAGAAUGAUCAAAAGAUGGGUUCGAAAUUGGGUUAACAAUUGGGUUGGUGUUCUCCUCUUUGUUCUGAUGAAUCUCUACUUCUCCCUUUAUUGAUUUGUAAAUAACGCUUUCCUUGUUGUCGUAUUUUGUGGAAAGUUUGCUGUGACGAUGAUAAAAUAUCUAAUUCUUAAUGCAAUCUUGUACAAUUAUAUUAAUUUCUUUGAGAGUUUCAUAUUCCUCUGAUUUAGCUUCAUUGAUGUAACUAUAUGAGUAUAUAUUGAUUAGGGUUUCAAAUUUGCAUUUCAGAGUUUUUCUCUUUCUUGUUUCUCUAACCUACUGAUAACAUCACUUUGAUGUUUCUCUAACCUACUGAUAACAUCACUUUGAUGUUUCUCUAACCUGCUGAUAACAUCACUUAGAUGUUUCUCUAACCUACUGAUAACAUCACUGAUGUUUCUCUAACCUACUGAUAACAUCACUGAUGUUUCUCUAACCUACUGAUAACAUCACUUUGAUCUUUAAUACAGUUCUUAAAGUCCACAUUCUAAAUCUUUUUAAUCAAAUUAAAAUUCCUAUCACAAA